AUGGCAGACUCCUGUUUUUCUGGGCCCUGUGUUCCCACAGCCUCAGCCGCCUCAGUCUGCUCCAGUGAUGUGAGCUGUGGCAGCAACGUCUGCCUGCCCAGUUCUGGCAUGGGCUCCUCCUGGCAGCUGGAUGACUGCCCAGAGAGCUGUUGUGAACCUGGCUGCUGUGGGCCCUCCUGCUGCCCUGCCCCAUGCUGCACACCAGCCUCCUGCCUGACCCUGGUGUGCCGCCCAGUCUGCUGUGUGCCCGCCACCUGCCAGCCAGUGUGUGCACCCUGCCCCUGCCAGUCUGUCUGCACCUCCUCCUGCUGCCAGCCCAUUGCCUGUGGGACUUCCUCCUGCCAGCAGUCUUGCUGCCAGCCCAGCUGCUGCAUUGCCCUCCCUGUGUGCUGCAAGCCCAGCUGCUGUGUGACCACAGCCUGUGCUCCAGCCUCCUCCUGCUGCCAGUCCAGCUGCUGCCGCCCUGCCUCCUGUGUAUCCCUCCUCUGCAGGCCAGUGUGCAGACCAGCCACCUGCUGUGUGCCUCUCUCCUGCAAACCCUCCUGCUGCACCACCACCUCCUCCUCCUCCUGCUGCUGUGCACCCUCCUGCUGUCCAGCCACCGGCUGCUGCCGCCCUUCCUCUUGUGUGUCCCUCCUCUGCCAGCCCACCUGCUGCAAGCCUGCCUGCUGCACUGCCACCUCUGGCCAAAAAUCCUGCUCAGAGUGUGCAGGGAUGGCCCUGUCCAUGGGCCCACCUGCCAAUAAACUGCACCAACUCACCAUCCUGGCCUCUCACUUGCCCUUUUUCUUCAUCCUGGGCCUGUGGAGGGAGGGGGAGCACAACCUGCACAGGACAGCCUGCCAAGCCCAGGAGGCCACAGCAGACAGUGCAGGAAGGAGUCGGGAGACAACUUGGGCUGGGCUUAGAACACGGGAUCCAAACUUCCUGCGUGUUGAGAGGACUUUGGCAGGAAAGGCCCCACUGGGCAAUAUGCCCACUUCAGCCAACGUCCUUGCUUCUCCCAGGCCCCUUUCCCUUCACCAGGGCUCUCGAGUUGGGGAGAAGCUGGUGGUGUCCCCCAAGAGACAAGGCCAUGAGAAAGCCCGUGUUGUCCUAAGCUCCACCAUAACCUUUCAUAAGCUCAUAGACUUCAGGGACCAUGAGUGGGACAUUAGGGCACAGGGGCCAGAUAGAGCCCACCAUCCCCUUGGCCAGUCCCUGGAAAUCUGCCUUUCAGAGAAUUUCAAGGAGAUGAGACUAAGAGAACAAGUGCUGAUGGUGGAGGAGGCUCCAUCCUGGGAAACCUGCUGGUUUGGGGUCCCAGGUGUCAUUGAGAACCACAUUGUGGGUAGCUCCACUGUGGAAGCUGCCCUGGGCUGCUCUGAAAGCACAGAUCUGAUCACCUCCCUGGAUGACCCAAUAUCUACUGUCAAACAGAAUAUAACCUACAAUUCUCCCCAAGCUGCUGGGAAGGCUCAGAAUGCCCCUCCCCCAUCUUCCCUCCCAGCUCCAGCGAUCCAGAGCUCAGACCUUGUACAGGAAGCCUUUGGGAUCACCCUGUCAAUCCCAGUGAGGCUCAAGCCCCUCCCUGCAUCAGGCACCCAGCCCCUCCCUGACGCCCCUCUACCACUCUUUACUGCCCAAGGCACCAGCACAGCUUCUCCCACCAUGGCAGACUCCUGUUUUUCUGGGCCCUGUGUUCCCACAGCCUCAGCCGCCUCAGUCUGCUCCAGUGAUGUGAGCUGUGGCAGCAAUGUCUGCCUGCCCAGUUCUGGCAUGGGCUCUUCCUGGCAGCUGGAUGACUGUCCAGAGAACUGUUGUGAACCUGGCUGCUGUGGGCCCUCCUGCUGCCCUGCCCCAUGCUGCACACCAGCCUCCUGCCUGGUGUGCCGCCCAGUGUGCUGUGUGCCCGCCACCUGCCAGCCCUGUGCACCCAGCCCCUGCCAGUCUUUCUGCAUCUCCUCCUGCUCCCCAGCCUGCUGCCAGCAGUCUUGCUGCCAGCCCAUUGCCUGUGGGGCUUCCUCCUGCCAGCAGUCUUGUUGCCAGCCCACCUGUUGCAUUGCCCUCCCUGUGUGCUGCAAGCCCAGCUGCUGUGUGACCACAGCCUGUGCUCCAGCCUCUUCCUGCUGCCAGCCCAGCUGCUGCCGCCCUGCCUCCUGUGUGUCCCUCCUCUGCAGGCCAGUGUGCAGACCAGCCACCUGCUGUGUGCCUCUCUCCUGCAAACCCUCCUGCUGCACCACCACCUCCUCCUCCUCCUGCUGUUGUGCACCCUCCUGCUGUCCAGCCACCAGCUGCUGCCGCCCUUCCUCUUGUGUGUCCCUCCUCUGCCAGCCCACCUGCUGCAAGCCUGCCUGCUGCACUGCCACCUCUGGCCAAAAAUCCUGCUGCUGAACACAGGGCACUUGGCCUUUUCCACCCCUGACCACCUUCUGUCAGCCUCCUGCAUACAGCCCCCAAAACAUCAGGCUCAAAACUGGCCAAGGCAGCCAGUCCACCAAGCUGAGCAAAUCACCCACCCCAGCCCACCCAGGGUCUCCCACAAAGCUCCUCCAACCCAAGGCUGACCCCAGUCACAGCUCCUGCUUCCACAUGCAC